UAGUUAAUAAAAUCGAUAUCUUCAUGUUGUUAUGUGUAUUUCUUAUCAGGGAAUGUGAUAAUCAGUAAUGUAUACACAGAUGGCCUUGAUCGCCCUUGUAUGCAUAUUUUCAGACAUGAUAACGAGGCUCACGGCUAUGACAUCACUUGUGUUACCAGCUGUAUAUUCUCAGUGGUAAUACUAUAUAGAUAAUACAGAAAUGCCAUGAGUAUAGGGUUCCAUUCAUGUCUCAUAUUACAUCCAUGUUUUAUUUUUAUGUAAAAGCAAGUCUUCACGUAGUAGAAUUAUUUAAAAGUAAGAAGUAAUUAUUUUUUAUUUCGUAAAUAUAAGUGUAAAUAUGCCGUAUUGUGUGGUUUACGGUUGCAAUAGCAAUUCUCAAUGUGACAAAAAUAUAUAUUGGUUUACUUUUCCGAAAGAUUCUCAGAGAAAUCGUGCUUGGGUUCACUAUUGUAAACGACAGGAUUUUACACCGUCUAAGCACAGCAGAAUUUGUUCUAAACAUUUUACCCUAAAUCAGUAUAGCAGGCACCCUGAAAGACUUUCAGAAUUGGGAUAUCCGGGUGCAAAGGCAGCUCUAAAAGAUGACGCCAUGCCCGACAUUCCUGUAGUUGUAGAUGCAGAAAAAGGACCAUCUUCUCCUAAAAAGCCUAGGUCGGCCUUCGAAAAAAGACAGAAACGUCAGGUUCUUCAAGAGGCCUUUAAUGAAUCAUUAGAUAAGUCCGUUGACUCCAUUGACACUGAAACUGAAUCGCCACCCGCACCUGACAGUAUGGAGAUUCAGGAAGAGGUAGAAAUUCCGGUAGAUAUACCAAAAACAUUUGUGUCAAAAUCUUUUAACACCGAUUACACAAACAUGAAAAUACAGAAAAAUCAAACAGAUCCCAUUCCGCAGAGAACUUCAACUAGAAGAAACCAAACAUUAAAACCCAAGAGAAAGUCUAAAGGCAUUCAGUGUAACCCUUCAGAUAUUGAUUCAGCAAGUAAAGUCGCCACAUCGAAGACAAGAACGAUAAUCGGAAAAAUUACAAGCAGUAGCCUUGCACCGGCAGCGACCGAACAAAACAAGGAUGACAAUGAUGAGAUUGAUGAUGAUGAAGAUGAUGUAGAUGCAUAUGAUAAUGAUCCGGAUUAUAUUUAUAACGAGUCCGAGGAAGAAGAUGGAGACGACGAGUAUGGAUCUGACGAUGAGGAAGAAACAAGCAAUUACAGAAUGGAAGAAUGUAAUGAUCCAGUUGAAGAAAAUUACUAUCAGUAUGUAGAGAGUGUAACAAUCGAUGCAUUCCAAUUAUUGAAUUCAGUAGAGGGACAAUGA